UAAGCAGGGGAAAGAGUAUGAGCCUCAAAGAAAUGUAAGAUUGAAGACUACGGAGGGAAUAUAAUAAUAAUAUUAUAAGACAGCCGCUUGGCGACAUCCCAAAUUGAAAACGUAGUGGUUGAUCUACAGAUUGGAAUAAGCGAGAAAACCAAGAAAACCACAAAGAGGCGGAGAUUACGAAGUUCAUCGUCUUUGGAAUUACCGUGCAAAUAAGGGAAUGGUGGGUAUGGGUAUCAUAAGGAAACUGUUAAACCAUUGGAAAAGGGCGAAAGUGGGCGAGAGUAAAGAAGAAACAAGGAAGAAAGGAGAAAAAUUAAAAGAGGGAGAACCCAGAACCAAGCUUACCAUCGAGGCUGUUUCUAACAGGCAAUUGGCUCAUGGAAAAUUUGUUUCAAGAGGAGGGAUCACAAUAUGAUUCCCAUUUGCCUAUGUUCCCAGAGGCACCAGUUCGUAAUACUGGUGGGAGAAAUGGGUUGGACGGCGGUUCCUUUAUGGGUAGGCAAAUGUUAGGGGUUAAAAGGUGUCUAAAUGUAGAAAAGGAAAAGAUGUUAAACGCGCUCCAUCUCAAGAAGAAGGCUGAUUUCUCGGGUUGCAACUCGGCUGGUGCAAAAACAGUUCAUGCUUCUGACGACGUUCAUACAGGCCAAACGAAAAUGGACAUGUUUGUCGCAAAGGUGAAAAAUAUUGCUGGGAAACUCCCCUGGAAUAUGAAGAAGAAACGAAAUUUGGAUAGUUGUGAAAAGAUCGACGUUGAUCAGAAUGUGGUUGCCUGCCAUAAUGAGAGGAAGACAAGCAAGGUAUUUGAUGGGAGUUCCCUUAGUAUUCAGGAAGUUAUUGAUGAACCGUAGAGGGUCCAAGAUUCCGAAAAGUUUUUGUCUCAGCUAGAUAGAUCUUUAGAUUAAGGAUCACCGAGGUUACCCACGAAAGCUACAUAUAUAUAUACAUAUAUAUAUAUAUAUAUAUUUGUAUAUUUAUAUUUCGUCUUACUUGAAACAAUUUUCUUUCUUUUAAAUGUACGUGGUAUCAAAUUUCUUUAA